AGAUGUCGUCUGUAAACACCUGGGAGCAGAGUGCGUUUAAUUGCUUUUCAUGAAAUAAGACUACUUACCCUGCAUGCUAAUCGUGUUGACCGUGAAUAGGUCUGGGUAUUUAAAUACGUUCAAGGAUCCCCGUUGAAUAUGAGAUGAUAUUAAACAGCAGACGACAUCGAGGUCUUUGUUAACAUUCAAGACAGUGAUGCAGAGACAAAAUGGUGUCUGUUUGAGUACAAGUCGCCGAAAUGUUUCGGUUUAAAGGACAAUUUAUCGAUUUCAGUUUGGAGGAAUACUGUGACUUUUAGGACAACCAUCAGAAUGACAAACUGUAUUACUCUCCAUUGUGAUGCUGGAGAAAGACAGAAACCAUCUUACCAGCGAAUAACUUCAGCAAAGCGGAGUAAAAUAUCAACUCAAGCUGGUCUGUUGGAAAAUGUUGAACCCCAGUGCGACCACUUCUCAGCAAUUUUUAAUCAACACUGACGCCAUUUCUAAGAACGCUGAUAAGCAGACGACAGGAUGUAGAAUGUGCUUACUGUACGCCACCGCCGGAUUGUCAUACAAUGCAGGAUUUGAAUCGUUCGGAAAACAAUAGAAACAGAGAUUUGCUGGAGGUUGUUCUCCAAAACAAGGAGGAAGAGAGAUUGUCCUCAACGGACGCUAUUCAAAGGAUAGCAACCUCUUUACAUGCCACGAACGGCAAUCUCAGUCGUCCUUCAAGCUUCGUGUCCAAAAGAAGCACGACGUUAUCGCAGUCCCAGGAGCGCUUGAGCGAUGACGAACACUCUAUGGUCCAGGAACGGAAAAAGAGCACAAACUCUGUUCAAAGCAGUAUAAUUGGUUUGGGCCUUCUGUGUAUCGUGUCGGUGGUACAAAGUGCUGUUUCGGUACAGAUACUCUACUAUAUAUCAGAGACCCGCCGAGACGAACAGCCACCCAGGAAUGGGACACUGUUGUCGACCCUGAAGGAUUUCGACGAUGUCUUGGAAGUAGCCACCGCUUUCUGCACAUUUGUGCUGGUGCUUUGUGUAAGCUGUCUACUAGUAUGCUCUAUGCAAUGUUUUUUCGCCUCCAGGAUCCUUCAGGUGGCCGAAGGAGAGGAGAGGGCUGCCAAGUUCCUAAGGGAGUGCUCCAGCAGUCGUGUGAUCGCAGUACUCGGAUUUUUCGUCGCCCUUCCAGCUUUUCUCAUAACACUUAUCCUAUUUGUGGUGCUGAGGCUGGACUCGACACCUGCUGUCACCGCCACUGUCAUAAUGUCACUCGGCGUCCUCUUUGGAAUUCUCAGUGUCAUGCAGAACACCUACCACUGGCACUACGAAGUAUCACGUGCUGCAGAUGGACUUCCGGUGUACGACACGAAUUUACAGAAAUCUCUACAAGAGCGGAAACCAAGAAAUGAGCUAAACACUCUUGUUUGAUAAAUGCUUUCAUUAUAGUUUUGCUUAAUGUUGCUGUAUCAUACCAAUGCUCAAAAAAGCAAUGUGAGAUAUUCUGUCCAUCCCAAAUCGGACAGUGCGCAUGCGCUCCCGUAACCGGAAAUACUGUGCAUACAAGAUGACUUGUUGCUGCAAAAAAGAAUACUUCUAUUCAAGAAUGAACUGGUUUGUUUUUAUGUUACAUGUAUUGUGGUUGUUUGGAAAUGUACUGAAAGAAUAGUGAAAGUGGAAGAUUGUUGACAGUUCAAUAAUGAUCUAGAGUAAACAUGGUUCUUCAAUUAAAAAACAAGUAUACACACGUUUAUUAAAUGCAAAAUCUAAUUUGAAAUAUCACUUUGAACAGUCACAUUUUCAUCGAUUUUUGGUGGUGUCACAUCAUGUGUAGGUUAACCUUUGUUGUAUGAAGUGUCUUUGCUGAAGAAGAAGAAAAUGUGUCUUUCAAGCAGUAUUUGGUAGCGAUGAACGGAGCUCGAGGUCUGUCUGCUAUCGAUCCGUAACACAACCAAAACUUCAGUGGAUUGCUGAUCCUAAUUUAGACGGAUUGCAUAUCUCGGCAGAAUGGAUGAGUUUCGGUGUAAUCUGGAUUGUAAGGUGCCAUAAAAACACCAGUGAAUUGUGUCAUAGCGAUGCAUGCAUAUUUUGUAAGUUGUAAUUAAUACAUUUAGACUCAUUUUAUCUUGAAUUGUCCAAACAGUGUACAUAUAUGUGUAUUAUUUAAUUGUUUUUACAGAAAUAUUCUUAGCAACAGACACUUAUAGCAAAGUAUCCAGUAUUUUGACAAAACUCAAAAGGGUAUAGUAACUGAAAAUAGACUUCUUAAGGUGUUAAUGUAGAAGACCUUAGUCUUCUAUUUCUCUAGUAGACGAAACCUGCAAUAGGAUUUGCUUUACCCACUUACAUUGUCUUGCUUUUAGAAAAUGGAAAUCUAGUUUAAUCAUUGAAAUGUUUAGAAUUCUGAUGAUAUGUCUUUGUCAUUUAUGUCUACACAAAAUACGUGGGAAAUCAAGAAACAGCCGUGAAAAUAAACCUGCAACAUUAUUCAAGAUAUUAAUUUUGUAAUGAUCAGAUUCAUUAUAAGAAAAAAAUAUGUAUGAUAGGUUUUUUUGCCGUGUAGAUACCACAUAUUACAAACGCUUCUGACUAUGUCUUGUUUUAAAACUCAUUUAAACUAACUAAGAUAGGGAAGGCAGUUCAUGGCUUAUAUCUAGAUUUUUUUUAUACUUUUUUCUUUCUGAUGAAGAUUUUAAUUCGAUUUAACUCAAAGUGAGUUGUUUAAUGCCGUCAGUGUAAUUCGUUAGAUGGAACAGUCAGGUUGAUGAUAAAUGCUGUUCCAAUAGCUGUACCUAUGACAGAAAUACGAUCGUUGUCAGUUACACACAUCAAAUUGUAUUUAUUUCUAAAGUAUUUAUGCCGUUACAUUGCCAUUCACGUGUAAAUAUAUGCUAACGGGCUUCUUCUCGUACGUCAUACACGUUUCUGUCAUAUAAAUAUGCACGUACCUCUGUUUCUAUAAUACUCAAUGCAGACUUUCAUCAUAUGCAAUGGACGCCAUCAAUAGCAGCGACGAGCACAAUGCAUGUUUUCUCUAGGAAAUGGUUCAUGUAUUUAUGCAAAUUAUUGUUUUCACUUGUUUAAGGAAUUAGCACACUUGCGCACAAAUUUAGAUACUUUUAUUUUUUAUCUUUAUGGUAAACAUAUUAAUCUGACUACCACGUUUGGCAAAACAUUUUAAAUCAAACUAUAUUUCUGUAACAAGUUAUGAACGGCGUAUCAAACUGUCAAUCUACCAUCCACGAAAUACACAAAAAUGGGAAAAAACGUAAAUCCAACCAAUAAAGGAAGUUCGAUCUCUCUAGUCGACAUUGUAGCACAUAACUAUAAAAAUAUCAAUUAUAAGUGAAUAACUUUAAAUUAAUAUCAAAGUAUAUUAAAAGUUGUUGAAAGAGACAAUAGAUCACAUAUAUAUCAACGUGUAGGGCCUUAACCUGCGUGAACACAAUGUGUGGUGUAGGGCUAAACCUGCGUGAACACAAUGUGUGGUGUAGGGUAAAGCCUUUACACAAAUCAGUAAUAAGAUAUGUAUGUAAAACGUUAGUUAGAAUGUAACAAUAUGAGUUUACAUAUCACAUGUACCUAUGUAUAUAUUGUUAAGGAAUCGUAUAAUGUAGGCUAACACGUGGAGACAUUAGAAAGCACAAGUAUACCUUAGUCAUACUUAUAUGAAAAGUAUAUUUAAGAAUGCAAGCUUGUGAAUGCUGUGUUGCGCUCAAUCACACGUAGAUAUAUAUAUUACUGUGAAGUUAUCCGUUGGAAUGAAGUUAUUUUCCGAUGGAUGCAUUUUUUCACUGUUUCAUUGAAAAAGGAAGGUUUUUUUCGGAGAAAUGAAUCACGAUCAAAAUAUUUCUUUAUCUUGAAGGUAAUAGUUUUUCAUGACUUUAUUAUAUAUAUAUGAGAAUAGAAAACAAAAAAAAACAAAAAAGAAACAUUUUACAGUAUAUAAUAUGGGUUACUAUUCUUUUAAUUACAAGUUAUGAAGAUAACACAUUAUACCUUCAUUCAUACGAGUAACAUAUUGUGAGAAACCAUAAUGGACGCUCAACUUCUUACAUUAUCAUGUAUUCCACGUCGAAAUGAUGAAUACUUGGUCGCUUCUAUGAUAACAUUUUACUGAAAGAUGAUCAGUUUUAAUUAAAGACGUGCGCUCUCCUUUAUCAUUUUUAUAUUAAAAUGAUUAGAUCGUUUGUAUCGUUACAUAUAAUAGAGCCUUGAUAAGGAAUUUGAAGGGUAUAAAUAAAUUGAUAAGGUGCAAUGUAAUUUACCCAUUUAGAUUUUACUAGGUUUCGUGUUAAACAGUAUACAUUUGUUAUUCCAAUACUCUCUUAACUAUGUGGCUUCAUAAAUUAUCAAAUUUGAAAUAUUGCAAUGCAAACAUCCCUUCUAUCGCGAAAACAUGUUUUUCUGUGGUUUUUUUUAAAAGUCCUCUUCUCAAUACAUCGACAAUUAGCUACGUGACGAUCAGAAGCAAAUCCAACUGUUUCUUGUUAGUUCAGCUGUACAGCGAUGGUGAAAUGGAAUGUGUAAGCAGUGAGUUCAUGGGGACAAGAAGGUUAUAAGCUAAGUAGGGUCGUCUGAACUCAUUGACAAAGAGCAUUUGAUGGCGAUUUAAUACGGCUGUUUGUAAGACUGACAUGGGUAAUGGUGUUGUGAUCAUGAGAAAACAUUCCUCUACAAUAUGUGUUCGCCCACAGUGUGGCAAUCUAUGUGAUAACAUGGCCACAUGUAUAUUAAAUAAAUCUUGCCAUAGUCAUGCAUGGAGUGAUAUUAAUUAGGCAAUUAGUCUAGUGUCAUAAUCACCAUGUUAAUCUCGCAAGAACAUCAAUAACUUUCUAUUUCAUUAUUUCCAUAUAGUGUAAAUCAGGAUAUUUUCCAGAGUAAUUUAUUUCGCGAUGCUGGGUUUAAUUUCGAUUGGAAUGGCUGAUCGAAAGAAGGACGAAAUUUCAAUAUGGGCUUAAUCUAUUUCUGGAAGCAAUUAAAUCUCGCGAGUGUGUAUCAAAGUUAAUUUCUCGGAUAUAUAGUGAUUUACAAUAUAUGUCAUACAUGGAAAUAUAUAUCAUGUUUAAGGUUUCAUCAUAUAUCUGGAUUGAAACUGUAUAUUGAUAUAGAGUUUAAAUUUUGCAGACCGUGGAAGUCGAAUUUCGUACUAUGUUAUGCAUCACUUGAAAUAAAACUAAAGCUACCA